UCCAUCUGCUAUGGUCUUCUCCGUCUGUGUAAGGGACCACGUUACAAGUCUACUCUUGUACAGGAAUGAGAUGAGCAGGAGAAACGAAUGAUAUUUUUAUUACAGCAAUGGAGAUGACUCUUUUGGUCUACAGAUUCAUAAUUCAAAUAUACAUCGCUUUUACACGGGGGGGGGGCUAUCUGAGUAUGUAGCCCGUGGUGACCCUUGGCCAUGCCCCAUCAUCAUGAUUUCACGAGAUGUAUAAAUAUCUCACCGCUGCAUGCCAGACAGACACGUACACGUACCUACAUUGACACGACCCGUCUGCAACAUCUUCUGUUGAAGAGCAGGUGUGGAUGUCCAGCGAGAAAACAAAUUGAAAUUACAAUGCCCGAAGGCGGUGAGCACUUUCUUUGGUUUCUUACACGGUGCUACUGCGAGAGUCAGAGUCAGAGGACUGGAUCGAUAAUUAUUGUGAAUCAAACUUUCUUGGUUCAUAAGCAUUCUUUCCUCAGUCUUAUCGCACGCAACACACUACACACACCACACCUUAUUGUUAUUAUUAUUACGCCCCAUACUCCCCCUUCCGCCCAUCUGGCUCCCCCCUCCCUCUUCCCCCCACCUCCUUCUCUUCUUCAUCCCGCUCUUCAUCACCUCUCAUCCCACGUUUCCCCAUCACAUCCACUUUAGUUCACUCCACUUUCACUUCCACUUCCACAAACACGCAUACACACAUACACACUCAGCAUAGGCACUCUUUACACAGCACACAGACCCAUCCACACACACAUACACACACACACACACACAAACACGCAUCCCUCUGACUCUCACACCCUCGCCGUAGGGCACGUUCCUUUACUUGGAUCGGGCACUUUUCCCUCCUUUGCU